CCAAAACCACCAAGCAACAAUGCCACCCCCCUCACCACCACCACCACCACCAGCAGGUGCAGAACCAGACCCAACACCCAAAACCACCAUAAUCGGCCUCUCCGGCCCCUCCAGCAGCGGCAAAACCACCCUCGCCCGCCUUCUCCAAAGCAUCUUUUCCAAACUCACCCCCACCUCCACCACCAACCCCAGUCCCAAUCCCACCACGAAUCUAAAAACAUUCAUCGUCCACGAAGACGACUUCUACCACUCCGACGACAAAAUCCCCCUAACCCCCCACCCCCGCGCCCCGCACCAAAACAUCCAAAACUGGGACACCCUCGCUGCAAUAAACACCCCCUUUCUAACCUCCUCAUUACAAUAUAUAAAAUCCCACGGACGACUUCCUCCGCGACUACGUUCAAAAGAAGAUUUGAAUGAUGUUGUUCCUCCUGACGUAUCGGAAUCAGUUAUUGAGGAGUUGAGGGGGGUGGUGAGGAGGAGGGUGCCUUCUUAUUACUAUGUUGAUGAGGGUUCCGGUGGAGAUGAUAGGGAUGGGGAUGGGAAAAGGAACCGGACGAUUGUGUUUCUGGAGGGGUUUUUGUUGUUUGCGCCUCCUAGGAUAGAGGCGCCGGAACAUGGAUUGAGAGAUGUGAAUGAUGUUAUGGAUGUGAGGUUGUUUUUGCCGGCUAGGUAUGAGAAUGUGAAGGAGAGGAGGGAGGGGAGGAGUGGGUAUGUGACUAUUGGGCCGGCGCCGACGGUGUCUAAUACUGGGGAUGGGGAUGGGGAUGGGGAUGGGGAUGGGGGUGAGGUGGAGCAGAAGGGGGAGGAGAAAGAGGAGGCAGAGGGGGUGGAUUUGGAGAAAGAGGAUGAUGGGCCACCGCAGAAUUUCUGGACGGAUCCGCCUGGCUAUGUGGAUGAUAUUGUAUGGCCGAACUAUGUACAGGAUCAUGCGUGGUUGUUGUUGCCCGAGGAGGGAUCGCAAAGAUUACCUACUGUUGAUACGCCAGAGCUGGUGCAUCUGGUGGGACAGGGCGUCAAUCUGAGGACGGACGCAGGCGUUACGGUCGCCCCCGGGCAAGGAACCGCAUCCAUCGUGGACAUCUUGAAAUGGGCUGUCGAGGAGGUACUGAAGCAUAUCGAAGAAACCGAGGAGCAAUGAGAAUACGGACACCGUUCGUGAGUAGUAUCUAACUAGAUAAAGAGCCUAGACUCUACCUAUCC